CAGACACAGGAGAUCCUUAAGACAUUCCCCACCACUUCAUAGAAUUCACCACCCAUCAAAGAAACAAACAAUUUCCAAAUCACUAUCAAGCUAAACCCUAAACCACACGUCGAGAAAAGAAAUUUCCCCAUAAAAAUAAAAAUCCUCGCGGCAAUAGCACCCGUUAGGAACGGAACAAAGCAACUUCACUAAAGCUGAGUAAAUUCAAAUCACCCGCCCGGCUGUCAGCCAACAGGGAAUCCCCCCCACCACCUCACCGACCUGGAAGGUCGUCAGCGAGGCCUCCCUCGCCUCGCCAAGCUCUAUGAACCCCUGCGAUUGGUAGUACACUCCCGAUCGCCCCCACGCUAUCACAACGCUACAACGGUCGCCGAUUGGCCAAAAGCCAGAUUGCACCAUACUCAAACCAACAACAACUCUUGGUUUUGUGAUCGUGACUUCGCUGGACUCAUGAGGUCAAUGUUGUUGUUACCUUUCAAAUUAUAAUUGUAAAGUCAGUGAAUAUUCCUCAAAAUAAUGAGUGCAAUUUGUCUCCAAUUGUGAAGUGUACCUCAGAUUGACAAUGUCAAAAUUUGUGUUGAAGAUAAUCAGCUCGGCAGUAUCUGUCUCACUAUUCGCAAACUGUGCAGAAAGUGCAUCAACCGACAUAGAGCUUGAUGCUAAAGCACAACUCAACCAUCGUCUUGAUUCAUUAAAUCUACUUCUAUAUACGUUUUUGUUAAUCUUAACUGUUCUGACUAUAUGGCUCUUCAAACAUCGAAGGUUACGGUUUCUUCACGAAACUGGCCUUGCUGUCAUUUAUGGUUUAAUCGUAGGUGCUUUUCUCAGAUAUACAGGCACUCCCCAGCAACUACAGCAUUUAGACGUAACACCUUUGAAUACAAGUGUAUACAAUGCCUCUUUACCACCAGAUGCUUUGUGGUUGCAGUAUCACACAAACAAUAACCAAAAUAAAACAUACGCUUACAUUUUUCGGGGUGAAAUUGUGCCCUCCAAGAACUAUGAAAUUGAUCUUAAGGCAACUUUUGACCCGGAAAUAUUUUUCAACAUUAUUCUGCCUCCAAUAAUAUUCCAUGCUGGUUAUUCUUUGAAAAAGAAAUACUUCUUCAGGAAUCUUGGAGCCAUAUUAACAUUUGCCCUUAUCGGCACAACAAUAUCAUCUUUUGUCAUAGGAGCUGUCAUGUAUAACUGUCUUCAGUUUUUACCACAUUCUUUGAAGAACAGCUUUACAUUUUUAGAUACCCUCUAUUUUGGAGCUUUAAUUUCUCCUACAGACCCGCUCACAAUUCUUGCUAUAUUCAAUGAUCUCAGAGUGGACGUCACCCUCUAUUCUUUAGUUUUUGGUGAAAGUGUCCUCAAUGAUGCUGUGGCUAUAGUUCUUAGCGGUGCCAUCCAGAACUAUGACAAGAGGUAUCAAAUGGGCACAGGGAAAUUUGAAGCCAACGCCUUCUUCUUAGCAGUUGGUGACUUCUUAGGAAUCUUCUCUCUUUCAUUAUUCAUUGGUGCUAGUAUGGGAUGUUUGACAGCAUUAUUGACGAAGUACACUCACAUUAAGGAUUUUCCUCUUUUAGAAUCAGCACUUUUUGUGUUAAUGUCUUAUAGUACUUUUCUUAUUGCAGAAGCAUCUGACCUUACAGGUGUUGUAGCUGUCCUGUUUUGUGGAAUUUGCCAAGCCCACUACACCUACAACAAUUUGUCUCUUGAUUCUCGGAAAAGAACAAAAAAAUUAUUCGAGCUUUUGAACUUCCUAGCUGAAAACUUCAUAUUUUCUUACAUUGGAGUGUCAAUGUUCACAUUUCCAAAACACCAUUUUGACUCGUGGUUCAUAUUUUCAGGAUUUUUAUGUGCAAUGUUGGGCAGAGCAGCAAAUAUUUACCCUCUAUCUUUUUUACUAAAUUUAGGAAGGAAACCAAAAAUUGCCAUGAAUUUCCAGCAUAUGCUGUUUUUCGCUGGUCUCCGAGGAGCAAUGUCCUUUGCACUAGCUAUUCGAAAUACUGUAUCUGAAGCUAGAAAAGCGAUGUUGACAACAACAUCAAUUAUUGUGAUAUUUACUGUGAUAAUUCAGGGUGGUGCUACUAUGCAGCUCCUCACUUGGUUGAGAAUACCGGUUGGUGUCGAUGAGGAAGUUGAAAUGUUACCCUAUACCAGCUCUCGAAGAGUGUCAUACAAUUCCACGGGAACAAGAGCUGGUGGAACGGAGGAAAGCAGCAGUCCUUCAGCACAGCAUGAUAAAGCUUUUGUUGCGCGAGUAUGGGGAAACUUCGAUUCUCGGUUCCUGAAGCCGUUACUCACUCAUUCGCAGCCCACUUUACUGGACACUUUGCCCUCAUACUGUAGCUCAGUAGCAAGAAUUCUUACUACAACUGAGCAGAUGACUCAAGGGAAUGUACAUCCUCAUUCUGAUUCUGAUCAUGGAAUGAAUGAAAGUGAUUCAAGUCAUCGGCCCAGUCAUAAUGUGGAGGAGAAUCCGCUACAUGCUGAAACGCACAAUUUUAUAUAAUGCUCAAGUCUAGAAUGUGUUCUAGAUUGAGCCUCGUUGCAGCUGUAAUUGGUUUCACUGGGCCAUUUUUAAGCAGGAAAAAGAUAUUUUAGCAUCCUCCGACAUUAAUUUUUUGAAAAUGUAUAAUUCAAAUGCACUUUUAGCUUACAUUGUUGUAAGGCUGUAAUAUUAUUGUUUUAGAGGCUUUACUGCCUUUCGUUUUUUUCUCAAUUGUUUCAUUAUAUUGUUAACUGUUUUGUUGCGUUCCUCUUUCUGCACAUUAUGUAGUGUAAGAGCUUGUUGAUUUUCUGUUAUUAUGUUCUAGAAUUUUUUCCUCAUCUCAAGUACCGAGACUUAAUUUUUUUUAAGGAAUAUUUUUUCAGUGCAAUGGGGAGGGGGGAUCAGGGUUUUCUCUAUCGAUUAUGUUUAUUAGGGGUUUUUUUCUUGCCUUCUGAAAACAUUAGUAGAGGCCAUUCUAACAAGUUUAUGAAUGGGGAUUUUCUGGCACUGUCCAAAUGGUUUUUUCCUCUCUUUCUUUUUAAGGCAGAACAAGAGAGAGUAAGUGAUGAGAGUCUACCACACCUUGUUCACAAAAUGGCAGAAUGGCUCAUGUCACCUUAGAACGAAGAAAUCAAGUAUAUUUCACAGACUCUGUAAAAAAAAAUAUUCCUACAUGUCUGGUUUACUCUUCCCCUUGUUUGUUUUAAUAUAAAUGGAUUUGUCUGACAAAAAAAAAAAAAAAAAAAAAAAAAAAAAAAAAAAAAAAAAAAAAAAAAAAAAAACAUAUUUUGUAACAGUCUAUUAAACAUCAGACUCUUCUUUAUCUAAGACUUCUCAAAGCUAAUGAAAAGUAAAAUUCAAGCACUUUCAAGCCCUUUCCAUUAAAUUAAGCUUUUUCAGGGCCUAGAAAAAUUUAAUAAUAGAGCAGUUUUCAAUGCCGUUUGGUUAGUGUGGAAAUUAACUUUUCUUCAAUUCCAAUUCCAUUUCAAGGGAAGAGAAAGAAAGAAAGAAAGAAGAAAAAAAACCCCUACUUGAAGAGCAAAUGUAUGCAGAUUUAAGUUCAAUUUUGCCUCCUGACUAGUUCAAAAUAAGAGUGGUCCGUACUUACUUUCUUUGUAUGGUAUGCUGAGGGGCAUUCAUGUCAUCUUAUCAUCUUUUCUGGAAUUCUGAUGUGUUAGUUUAGAUUCACCUCUUAUUCGGUAUCUAAUACUCCUUACUUCAGUGUGUCACGAUAGUUGCAUAAUUAUAAAUUUAAUCGAAUUUAAAACGCAUGAACAAACAAGAACUGGGGCUUCCCUAAACUGUUGAGGCUGUGGAAUUCGGGGAAACGAAAAAGACUGUUUUUGAACUACAUCGGAAUGUAUUAUGCGAAAUGAGUACAUGCUAGUGAGAGAGACCUUACGCAACGACUAACUCCUCUAAGCGCAUCGUAUGCGCUUCACCCAAGAAAAUGAUUACUCUGCAUCAGCUUUGCUGUGCAGCGUUGCACUGAUUAUGAAAAUUAGCCAUAUCUCAACAUAAACUGCUUUGAUUCCAUUUACUACCAUAAAAGUUUGAUGUGUACCAGACAGCCCCUGAUGGCUUUAAACCAAUAUUAUGAUUAAGAACUGUUUUUAAUUAUCUGUUGGUAAUAAUAAUUCAGCCUCAAUCACUAUCGCUUUCAACAACAAUUAAAGUAUCAGAUGUUUCUUUUUUUGACCACCUAAUGCCUAGAGUCUAGUAUUUAUUGUAGUUUAAUAUUUACGAUCAGCUCUGGUCGUCUUUUCCUUGGGAUGUUCGGUCUAUGAGAAAUAUAAUCCAGGUAAAAUUUUGUGACAGUAAGAUACUGUUCUCUUCACCUUUCAACGUUUUUUUCCACCCUUCAAAUAAGGUUACACUAUGGUUUAAUUCUUGAAAAAAUGAAAAGGAAAUUACAAAACACUGUUGGAGAUAAUUGAUUGAUUUCGGUUUAAUUUUAUUAUUCAUCCAGUGGAAUUUGAAGCUAAUUUGGUUGUGAGGGCGUGUGUGUGCGUGUGCUUUUUUUCCUCCUUUCUUUUUUAAAGAAGAAUAAAGAUGAAAGACACAUUUUGUCAUGCGGAUAUCUUCAGUAGUUAAUUAAAUCAAUUUGUUAGGCUCUCAAAUAAUGGUUGAAAGUUUUAGGAAGCAGAGUGUCACAAGAAAGAAAAUAAUUUUGAUUGCUCCCGAAAUGAAACUAAUCUUUGAAUUGAUUUUUUUUUUUUUUUUUUUUUUUUUUUUUUUUUUUUUUUUUAAAUGAAUAACUGAGCUGCAAAAUGUCAAAAUGAAUAUUAGUACUUAAAAUGAAAUCAGGCAAUUUUGAAUGUUAUGUGGCAGAUUCUAGUUGAAGCCACCUAAAUGAUUUUUCCUUUAUUUUUUCAUCAUUUAAAUUCUGUUCAUUUUUAUUUUUCUCAUCGAAUUCAAAAGUCAUCUGCUGUGAGUAUCUUUUAGGCCCUCCUCCAAUUAUUCGUUAUACCUACUGUCUGUCAUAAAGCGAUCAGUUAAUUUUUUUUACAAGUUGGGUUCUGAGAAGAAAGGAAAAACAGGAGUUAUGAGUUAUUUCCCUGUUGUUGCCUUAUGUAAGCUAGCGUAGCACUGAUAGACUGUUAAAAAAAACCUUCAUAUUUUUGCUCAGAUUGUAUGUUUUAUAAACCUGAAUCUCUGAAUGGGCGAUCUGUGCUUUUCUCUUUGAAAUGUGUUCUUCUUUCUUUUUUAAGGAUGAAGGAAUAUUUCUCAAAAUUUCUUUACUGCAAUUAUCUCUAGUCACUUUUCCUUCAAAAAUGAUUUCUUAGUGUUUUGAUUGGGUUUUUCUUUCCUUUUUCUCUCCUAAUUUCAGAAAAAUUGUGCAGUAUUUCUUCUUUACUUAGAAGGAAUCUUCCUUUUUAAAAUAUUCGUUCCAAUGCUCCACAAAAUUUGCAGUGACUUUAAUUAAGUUAAAUUUUAAAAUAAGUUUUUAGCAGCUAUUAAAAACACUCAGAAUGAAGUUCACAAAUGAAGUUUGGGGAAUGAAGUUUACCCGAACGUUUUGUGAAGUUCUUGGACUCGCAGAUUUUUCUUUUGAUAGGAUAAUUCAGUAGUCAAAGGAACAUUUCCGGGGUACAAUAAGUGGUGUCGAGUACUGGUUUAACAACCUGAAUUUUCUUGAAUCAGUAAUCAUCUUCUGUCUUUUGAUUUUCAUAAAGUUUGAAAGCGCACAGCAUGAUUGUGUUUUUUUCAGAAUAGACAGCAAUAAUGAAAUUACCUAACCAUGUAUCUCAAUUUUUGAGUCAGUUGUAUAAAUGAGCUAUAAUAUAUGUCUCUAAUCUGACAGUAAAAUAAUUUUGUUGAAAAAAAUUCGGAAGUUACCCUAAAAUGUAAUUUUCAUAAUUAUUCUCAUCUCAGCGAUAAUUUGCAAAGCAAUCAAUGUUUUUUUUUUGUUAUUGAAUUAGGCUUAAACUGAGUAAAAUCAAGUUCAUUGUUCUUGUUCAUUGCCCCUUGUUUGGGGUGUACAUCAUUUGAAGUAGGCAGAGAAUCGUCUUUGAGUCUGAAUUCUAAAUUCUUUCAUCUCAAGAUGAAUUGUUGGAUCCUAAAAUCUUGAUUUUUCUCUCAUAAUUCUCAACAGUUUAAAUUAUUUGCAGAAACGCUUAAAGAAUUUUGAAGAGUAUCUUAUCGUUAAUAUCUUCAAGAAAUAUUACCUUUCUGGAAUUCAAGGCAGCUAUUCUGCUAUCCCAAAACAUGGGGUCUCAGGGGUACCUAUGCAUUUCUGCAGUUUCAUCAUUGAUUUAUACUUCUAAAAUCUGUUCGUUUUUUUCUCUCUUUCCCAAAAAUUAGUGGAAACUGUGCGAUAAUUUUCAAUGAUUAUUUAGAGUUUGUUAUGAUGGUUUAUGAUGGUUUAAACCUAAAUUAUGUUGUUGAUUUAAAAAUUGAAAGAGGACUGUGGAUAGAAUACCGAAAAAUGCGACGCCUGUGUAGUUUUGAUAUUAUGUACCUAUUUGACAUGAUGCUAUGCUCUUUAUGACUACCUGCGCUUGAUAAGUUUUUAAAAUCCUACUUUCUAUGUACCAAUGUCGAGAAAAAUGGGAAUAAAAAGGGAUGUUUUCAGCCUUCUUGUACGCGCUUUCUGAGUAAGAUGUGGAGUUGUUGCCACAUCUGUUAGGGCGCUGUGUCUCACACUGUUAUGUUUUGGAGGAAUUUGAUUUUUUUUUAUGUGUUUCAUCUUCUGGGUCUGUAAGGGAACUAAAGUUUUCCUCAAUCACCAUUGAGAUUUGCAACAUUUUUAAUAGAUAUUACCUUUAAAAACACCAAAAAAUCAACUUUUUAGCCCCGCUUUUUUUACUUCGGCACUUUGGAAGUUUGAUUUUAAAAGCUCAUCAUGCUCAACAGGCUGCUAGGAAUUUCACAUAAAAUCAUGCUUAAAUUCAGCCAGCGUCGAAUUUCCUGGUAUUCUGUACUGAGUUCUUCAUUGCGUGGUCUUUUGCCAGUCGAAGCUCCACUUAUCUGUGACUCCUCAUGUAUACGUGUUUCCAUCUAUUUGAAUCAAAUGUCAAUAUUUUGUUUUAAUCAUUUUUGGGAAUGAAAGUGUGCUUUCAUGAAUUAUUACAUUUUUUUUAAAUUAUGAAAUUUGCAUGUCUUUAGGGCUGGAAAAGUAAAAAAGGUCAACAAUUUCACCCAAAAAUGACAUAGAUUUCCAUGAUGAGAAGAAAGUUUUUCCUUGGGCUCAAAUUUUCUGUUAUAAGGGUGCUCUUAACUGGAGAAGCAUAGAUACCAGGACCUUCUAAGUUUUUCUAAAGAAAAAUUUAAAAUAAAUAUUGCAUUCCUUAUAUUCACGAACAACUCUGAAUUACCGAACAGAGAAAAGCCCUCAGUCAUUCUAACUUGUGUCCGAGGAAAACUGGAACAAUGAAGUAAUUGACUUAUAGAGUCUAGGACACCCCGAAAAUUUGUACAUAAUUUUUAAUGGUUAAUAGAACCAGUUUGUUUUGUUCUCAAUUAAUGUGAGCAUCUCUUUGAAAAAUUUGAAAGUAACUGAAACCUCCAUCAUAUGGACCGAGUUCAUCAGAAAGGAACUAACCCACAUUUUCGAAAAAAUUGAGUUAAGAAUGUUUCUGAGUUUCACUAGCCGUAUAUUUUCUCCUGGCAAAAACUAAAAGUCGAAAAAGAAGAAAUUAGUUUGUUCAGAGAGGGGUAAAAGUUCCUUUUCUACACUGAGUCUUAUUCAAGAAUGAAACUUUAAACCUCUUUUUCUCAGUUUCAACUCAAUGUGGGUUGGUUCCUUCCUGAUGAACUCGCUCUAUACAGAAAUCCAAAAAUAUUAUUUUUUUAAACUGGUGCUUACCUUUGCUCUCUGGAAAUUGUCCAUUUUAACUAGAAAAUGGUACUUUUUCAGAGUAGAAAAAUUGACUGAGAAAAAUAAACAAUACUGUCUUCUCUAAUCAAGUAAAGCGGGAAAAACCGGUUGGACGUACUUUACGGCCUUGAUUUUUUAAUUAUCUUGGAACUUUUGUUCAUGCUGCUCCCUAUUCUGUCCUUUCUUUUUUUUCUCAGUAAUUUAUUAUUUAUGUAUCAUUUAUCCAAUUUUUUUUCCCUACUUUUUAAAAGAAUAAAAGUUUUUUUCUUUUAUUAA